GAAUCUAAUUUAAUAUGUCAAUUUAUAAUCGUCUGAGCUACAUGCAAUGCUUGUAUUUUUCGUAAUCCGACAAGUUAAUUUAAAUUGUUUGAUUCCGCCGUUGUAUUUUCAAUUUUUUUUUAAAUAGAUCUAUAUAUACAGCACUAUGGCUCCGAGAGUUAGUAGUUGGCCUGUUUGGAAUAACUUAUCAAGUACGGACCACAAUAUAAGAUCGGCGGACAGUUGGAUUGAGGCACGUCGAAAGGAAAAUGGCGCUGAAGGGUUGUGGAGAAUUUACGAUGGGUUGUAUGAUCUUAAACAAUGGAUACAUAAGCACCCUGGAGGGCCGCAAUGGCUAGAAAUUACAAAAGGUACGGAUAUUACAGAAUUAUUUGAAACAAAUCAUUUUAAUCAAAAAGCCGCAAAGGAAGUGAUGGGUAAAUUCUACGUGUGUCGGGCGAAGACACCGAGGAAAUCGCCUUUCACGUUCAAACCCGACGGAUUUUACAAUGUGUUGAAGUCUAGAGUUAAAAAGAAGUUAUCCGAAAUUAACCGUCGUGAUGUCUCCAUCAAAUCUAUGCUGGUUAUCGAUACUUGGUUCUUCGCAACACUACUCCUCUGCGCAACAGUCGCACAAACACAAAGCACAUUUUUGGCUAUAUUGGCGGGUAUCAGUUUGGGUCUUGGAACCGUUGCAAGUCAUAAUUUCACUCACCUUAAGGACAAUUGGAGGAUGUAUUACAUGCAGCUAAGCAUGUUCUCAGUACGAGAAUGGAGAAUAUCGCAUGUAAUCAGUCACCAUGUUUACACCAAUACUGUACACGACUUAGAAAUGACAUUAUUGCAUCCGUUUAUUCAUUGGUUUCCGACAGAAGACAAACCGCCCUUAGUUCGUUAUGUACCGUAUCUUACUCUCAUUGCCUACCCACUCGUUGCACCUGGGCAAUUUGUCAUCAGAACGUUCAAACGAAUGAAUGAUAGAACUGACCUUUUAAUGUUUGUCAUCCCAGCUAUACUGAUGCUUUGUGGCCGCAUGACCAUUGGUUUAGUAUUUAAUAUGUGGCUUAUUAUGAUACUGUCGAGUAGCUCUGUGUUUAUAUUCCUCGGAUUCAGCGUUUCUCAUCAUUUUCCUAAUAACUUCCAUGACGGAGACCAGAUAAAUGGUAAAGAAAACAUCGACUGGGGAAUUCAUCAAAUGGAUACCAGCGAGGAACGGAACGAAAUAACUGAUAAUAUAUUUGUAUCUUUGGUAACGUUUAGUGACCAUACGUUGCACCAUUUAUUUCCGACUUUAGAUCACAGUUUAAUACCAUUCAUGCAAGACAUCUUCCUAAACACAUGUGAAGAAUUCGGCCUGGAUAGAACAUCAAAACCUUUCACAUCUAUUAUACGCGGACAGUUUAAACAAUUAGUUCGCCUGAGUCCAAACAAUCCGAAGAGAAAACAUUGAUUGACAGAUUGACAAAAACAUACAACAAAUAUUGUCUUGUUUUAUUUUUUUUCAAGCUUAAGUUAUUCAUUAUUAUAUAUGUAAUUACUUGUUUAACAAUUUAUUUCCCUAUAAAAUGUAGUGUUAAGAUAACCAGGGGCAAACUGCAUAGGCCAAAUUGCAAUCAUUUUUACCAGUCGACAGAUGUUUCAGCGGGAAAUUAUAUUACAUCCUGUACGGACGUACGGCUUCGAGUUAUGAUUUAAAUGUAUUAGUCG